UUUGGCGGGAAAACCACUAAGACUAAAGCAACACUGUGGAGCUCGUUUUACAGCUGAUCACCUUUUGUUUAUUAUUUUAAAACCAAAUUUUUUAAAUGGGCAGGACUUCGAAGGAUAAGCGAGACAUAUUCUACCGACUGGCCAAGGAGCAGGGAUGGCGUGCACGCAGUGCUUUUAAACUGCUCCAGGCGGAGGAGACGUUUCAGUUGCUGGACGGUCUUACCCGAGCCGUGGACCUUUGUGCCGCUCCUGGCAGCUGGUCACAGGUGCUGGCCAAGCGGAUGUACGAGCCGCUGCCGCCGGAGGAGCGGGAAAUGGUGAAAAUCAUUGCCGUAGACCUGCAGGGAAUGGCUCCAAUUGAAGGAGUCACACAACUCCGGGCGGACAUCAGCAAGGAGUCGACGGCCGAAGCCAUAAUCGAGUUCUUUGGCGGCGAGAAGGCGCAGAUUGUUGUUAGUGAUGGCGCUCCCGAUUCCACUGGAAUGCACGACUUUGACUCCUAUGUUCAGGGCGAACUACUUCUCUCUGCCCUCAGCAUUUCCACCUUUAUACUAGAAGAGGGAGGCUCCUUCGUGUCGAAGAUCUACCGUGCAGAUAGGACCAGUCGGUUGUACACCCAGCUUAAGCGGUUCUUCAAGGACGUAUGCGUUUUCAAGCCCUCCGCCUCGCGAAACUCCAGCAUUGAAGCUUUUGUGGUGGCUCAAAAGUUUUGUCUACCCGAAGGCUACAAGCCCUGCAACCUGAUUACCGAAUGGCACGAUAAUCCCGAAUUCUGGGUGGGCAGAAAGAAGGAGAGCCCGCCCGUUGUUCAAGUUCCCUUUGUUGCCUACAAAGGCGAUCUGGACUCGGACCGCACAUACGAUUUGGGCGAGAACUAUGUUUACAAAGAGCCAGUGCAGCAACCCCUGACUGCUGCCUACCAGGAUAUCUUGCAGAAAACGAGUCAAGUGAAUAUAAAAUAUGAAGGCAUUCGCGUUAUUCACGAUGAGGAAAUUCUGAAGAAAUGGCUAUUUAAUAAUAAAAAUAUCAAGUCUGAGAAGUUAGAGGCCUGAGUAACACUUAAUAAAAGCUUUAAAGAUGAUUAGAUAUGAAUAUCGGA